UCGCGCCCCGGCGAAAUGGAGAUGAAGGACAUCAAGCUCUAUCACCCCUUCAACUCGUCGAUCUGAAACGCGAUGCGCAAUUUGUAUAAUUGCAAUUUGCCAUCCGUAACAAUCGCCGCAAUGCCAAUAGCGUUCAAACCAAAACCAAAACCAACACAAACACCAACAACAACCACACUAGCAAAGCCAAUGGAUGAAAGCACAAAAAGCUCGCAUGCUCAAGCCGCACGGGAGACUAGCCCGAUUGCCAGCAAACAGAUGAACACAUUGGCUCAGCUGCCCAAAUGUGAUGAGAAGCAGCAGCAACAACAACAAUACCAAUAUCACUUACAACAACAACAACAGCAGCAGCACCAUCAACAACAACACUACCUCUAUACUGAGUACCAGCAAUGGCGGCAUGGUGACUCAGUACAACAAAUGCAACAACCACACUCUCGCCAAGACGACGCAUUCCACUUGCAGAAUCUCAUCAAACAACGACAAAUAAUGACCUUGUACGACUACUACAUGUACCAACGCCACCCGUCGCCACCGAUGCCGACGCAGGCCAAAGCUUUAGGUUCGGGUCUCGACUUGCGUGCCGAGUACGGACGAGUGGCUCGACUAUAG